AUGAAGUUUAAGUUAUGGCUUCAAACCAAAAAAACUGGCCAGUCGAAAUCACUGACAGUAAACGAUCUUAACCAAGCUGAAACAACAAUAAUAAAGCACAUCCAAAGGCAAGCGUAUCCGGAAGUCAUUAAAGUGUUCAACGGUUCUGAUCACCGUCAAGUCAAGGCGAAGCUGAAAGGAUUACCGUCAUCACUUCAUGGAUUGAGUCCKAUAAUCGAUGAACAAGGAGUGUUGAGAGUGGGAGGAAGACUUGAAAACUCAUCUGUCCCGUAUCAAUCCAAACAUCAGAUUAUUCUGCCAAUAUGUCAUCGCGUAACGGAUCUCAUAAUCCAGGCCUGUCAUGAAGAUUGUGGACAUCUCGGGGAAUCGUAUGUAUUGUCGCAUCUGCGCCAAAGGUAUUGGGUAAUUAAAGGAAAGUCAGCAGCUCGCAGAGUUAUCGGAAAGUGUUUCCUUUGUAAAAGGAUGAACAGUUUGCCUAUGACGCAAAUGAUMGGAGAACUACCAAAAGAAAGAGUCAAGCCAGAUGAUCCUCCAUUUACGUCAGUUGGUGUUGAUUUCUUCGUCCCAAUUUACGUGCGUCAACGACGAUCACAUGUCAAACGAUACGGGUGUAUUUUUACCUGCUUGGCAACAAGAGCAACCCACAUCGAAGUAGUCGAAUCAUUGGAUACUGAUUCGUUUAUAAAUGCCUACCGUAGAUUUGCCAAUACCAGAGAAAACCCUUCCGUGGUGUACAGUGAUAACGGUASUAAUUUGKGGGCUGGAGAGAGGGAGAUACACAAAGCAAUCCAAGAAUGGAACCAAGACAAGAUUAACCAGACCUUGAGCCAGAAAAACGUACAAUGGUAUUUCAAUCCUCCAAAAGCCUCACACAUGGGUGGUGUCUGGGAGCGVGUAAUCAGGUCAAUCCGAAAGAUAAUGAGAGCGAUACUUGGAAGUAAGGUUGUUACUGAUGAAACAGUUAUGUGA